AUGUCUGGUUUUCGCCGAAGUAGCAGAGUAGUUAAACAAACUAAAGAGUUAAAAAACAAUCGAGCCGUUUCCAGUAUACAAAAGAAGAGAAACAAAAAUAGUGUAGCUCAAACUACAAAAGAAAUAGUUGAAAAGAUCGUCAAGCAGGAUGAAGAGAAGAAUUUACAGAAGACUGCUAUUACCAGGCAAUCGAUGAGAAAAUUGGAUAACAGGCCCUCUAUACUUUACUUUAUGGAUAAAGACGCUCAUUUGGAAAAAGCAAUUGAACAUUUUAAAAAUCAAGACCCCAAACUAGCUGCUUAUUUGAAUGAUAAACUGCUUUUGAAAUACAGAAGUCGACUGUCUAGGCACUCGGCUGGGCUUGUAAACGCAUUCAGGUGUCUUGGUACUGCUAUAAUAUAUCAGCAAAUACAUGGUAAAGCAGCUGCUUCAAUUGAAUCCCGUUUCAUUCAAUUGUUUACUACUCUCUCAAAUGGUUUUCCUACACCUGAACAAGUUCUUGAAAAAAGUAUUGAGGAGCUCAGAUCAGCCGGCCUCUCCGCCAGAAAGGCUGAGUAUUUACGCGAUUUAGCCGCCAAGUUCAAAGACCAAACGAUCCAGCCGGAGCAUUUUGAAUCUAUGUCCUAUGAGGAAAUUUCAAAGCAAUUGUGUUCGGUCAAAGGGAUAGGACAGUGGACAGUCGAUAUGUUUCUCAUGCUGGAUUUGCACCAUUCGGAUAUAUUGCCUGUGGGUGAUCUAGGCGUUCGAAAGGGAAUAAUCAAACAUUUUGGUUUAACCAUUCCUAGCAACUGUAGUAAAUCUAAAGUGUUUCCUGCUCCUGAUCAAAUGAUUGAACUGACACGGUGUUGGAGACCGUACCGAACUUUAGGCGCUUGGCUUAUGUGGCAAAUUCAGGAUAUCAAAGUGGUCGGAGAAGAUGCACAUGCAGAAGAAAUUGUUUGA